AUGAAUUUGAUGUUUCGAAAGAACUUCAGCACAGAGAAGACGGUGUCGAGCGGAGGGGGUGGGGGGAAAGCCAAAGGAGCGUUGGGAGCAGGCAGGAAUGCCAAACGACGUGAUCGUGACCGAUAUUCGUGCAUGGAGGAGCAUCAUUACAGGACACAUCUGUUCUUCUCAGCGCCUAGGGCCAGUACACAGUAUAAUGACGGCUCAGGUAACUCGGGAAAACGAUGUGGACCAGUCAUCGGUGGAGGAACGGGGUCGGAUCCCGAGCCCCCUCAGCCGUUGGUUACGAGGGACCCUUCGGUGUCCCUCAUGCGAUGGGACAAACCACCUUCAACGGAAAGAAGACGGACGGAGCCAGUAUCUUUGGCUACUUUGGAGAGAGACUGCUUCGUGAUACCUGCACACGCGCUAGACCGGUUCCUGCCUGAUGGCGUGCCGCUUCCUGUUCCUCCGCCGACGCCGGAGAAAGGGAUGACGACAAAAACCCAAAAUUCACUCAGCAUACUAGAAGUUGCCGAUCCAAAGCUUUGUAUAUUGGCGCAUUUAAUGAGCCCUUUAGAACCUAUAGAGCCUAUCCUAGAAUCUCCUCUUGCCAAACCUUUGACGAAACAGAAAACUGCCGCUAGUGAACUACUAAAUGACGUAGCCCACGCAAAUACAGCCGUAGGAGGCAUGUUGUUAGCUAACAUGGAAAAGAACGCGGAAUUCCCUUUCAUAGCUUAUUAUGUAAUAAAUACAACACAAACAGAUCCACUUUUGUUUUAUAAUAACAUGCGAAGUGCCUCAUUAAGCAAGUUUGAUCCGAAAGCUAUGAGAUAUUCAGCUGCGCAUACGUUAGAUCUGUACAGUGAAGUGGCCAUGAUCUGUCGGCCUCCGUUUAAUGAUCUCGCUGGUGGACCAAAAAAAUCCCAUACACCUACUACGGGGUUCAUUAUUAGUGUUUAUAAGGUAUUUGAAGGCGACGACGGAGAGCGUUUCGAAAGGAACUGGCUGUAUUGGACCGGAGCUCGCAUGUUAUACCGACAUCUACCACAUUCAGUGGGAAUGAGGAAAAUAGCUCUACACAAGUCCGUCGCAGCUCAUGGAGAUAAAAUGUAUCUAUUAGUGUGUGAAUGCGCAAAUUUAUUGGACGAUUUGUCCGGAGCUGCCAUGCUAGUGACGGCGUUGAGAGCAAGGUUAUGUGGUUAUACUGGCUUGUACAGACCGAUACAAACUUUC